AUGGUUGUCAACGUAGUGGCAGUGAGAAUGUUCUAUCUUCUGGUGUGCCUUUGUUCUUGGAUACACCUGUGUCAUAGCAUUCUGUCAGGUGAAUUGAACAAUGAAAGUUCAACUAAAUAUUACAGUAUAUGCAUAUUGGAGAAUUUACAACCUAGAAGCUUGAUAUUUCGCCUAGAUGGAGACGUUAACAACUUGAGUGUUAGCGAAGAGGACAAGGUUGCACAUUUUUUCUGUGAUACGAACAAACCAGAAAUAUAUAUCUCAACAUUUCUCAACUUUGAUGAAAAACACGAAUAUAUUCUUCACUUGCAAUGGAAUACUGCAAAUUUCACUAAUUUUGGUGUACUCAAUGUGAUGGUCGAAGACGUUGCUGAUUGGCCACCAGUGUUUAAUGAAAGCUGUGCGUUUCAAGAUUUGAAGGCAAGGACGGAAAACGAUCUAGUAAGUAAUAUAUAAACAUCUUACUAAUUGAAAGUGCAUCAAACCAAAAUGUGAUGUAUUCAAUUGGUUUCUAAACAUACACAUUGUUCAUGCAUUUAACACAAGC